AUGUCCCCAGGUGUUCCCAGGUGUAUCACAGUUGUCCCCCAGUUCCUGUCCCUGUGCGCCCCGCUGACCCGGGACCACCCCGAGGUGCUGCCGUUCCUCUCCUCGCGCCACCUGCGCGCCCGCCCCGACUUCCGCGGCUCGGCCGAGUUCCGGAACAUUCUGGGCCGGCUGCUGCGGCGCGUGCGGGGCCGGCGCCGCAAGGUUUACGUCUACAUCAACGAGCUCUGCACCGAGCUGAAGGCGCGGGCGCUGCGGCGCCGCCUCCCGCUUGCUCCCCUGGAGACUCCAUCCCAGCAUCCCAGCGCCUCCUCCCCCUCCUCCCGCCGCCCCCUCCCGUCUCCCCAGGAUCCCUCGGGGUCUCCGCCGGCGGCUCCGGGCGGUUCCCGGCGGCAGAUCCGUCACCUGGAGCACCUGCUGCGGGUGUACGCGGCCGAGAUCCGGCGGCUGCAGGAGCGGGAGCUGGACCUGGCCGAGCUGGACAGCGCCGACUCGCCGUACCUGCAGGAGAACCGGCUGAAGCGGCGCAUGAUGCGCAUCUUCCGCCGCCUGUGCCAGCUCAAGCGCUGCUCCAGCCUGACGGGCCGCGUGCUGGAGCAGCGCAUCCGCUUCCGCGGCACGCGCUACCCCGAGGUCAACCGCGGCAUCGAGCGCUUCAUCAACCGGCCCGACGCCUUCCCCGACUACUCGGACAUCCUGCGCGAGAUCCGCGGCGCCAGCGCGCGCCACGGGCUGGGGCUGGGCCGGCGGCAGAUGGAGAACAUGGCCCAGGAGGCCUUCCGGGAGGUGGGGAACCGGCUGCAGGAGAGGAGACACCUGGACCUGGUGUACAACUUUGGGAGUCACCUGACGGAUCACUAUCGGCCGGGGACGGACCCGGCGCUGUCGGAUCCCGAGCUGGCGCAGCGGCUGCGGCGGAACCGGCGCCUGGCCCUGGCGCGGCUGGACGACGUCAUCGCCCGCUUCGCGCAGCGCCAGGAGCGGAGCCAGGAGAUGGAGGAGAGCGGCAGGAAACGGGAACGCAGGAGAGCGGCCGGGAACAAGAGGAAGAAAGAGGAAGAGGAGGAGGAGGAAGAGGAAGACGAGGAUGAGGAGGAGGACGAGGACGAGGAUGAAGACGACGAGGAAGAGGAGGAAGAGGAAGAGGAAGGAGAAUCCUCCGAGGCCGAAGGGCGGGUGAAGGUGAAGGAGGAAGAGGAGACGGAGGAGGAAGAGGAAGAG